UUACAAGAUUUUGAAUGGUCUACAGUGAACUUGAUUAGCUACUGAAGCAUGAGCUCACAGCAUGUUUCUACUUUCCUUGCUUUACCUUCAAAAACUCACCUCUGAAUCUGCAAAGCUUCAUCUUACUAAUCACAGGACUUGGAACUGAGAUAACAGAUGUCUUGUACUUGCAACAUGUUCCUUCUUGUGGGUAAAGAACAUCAGAUUCUUACAUCUUGUAUUUAUGAGAUUGUAUCAGUAAUUCAAGUCCAGGGGCACAUGGACUGGACAAUUCUCCCUAACAUUUAAAAACCAGGAAAUCUCCCAAUGGUUGGUGAGUCCACGCGGUGUUCUUAAUACGAAUCCACAAGAACAACAACUUUGGAAACAUGAAUUGCACAUUUGUGGAUUAGUAGCUCAGUUGUCUUUAAAUGGCCUGGCAAUACCAGGAGCUUUCUCUGAAUUGAUGGAAUGUUUAUAAUUAUGCUCUAAGUGCUUCAAGGAAAUUGUUUCCUCUAUUAGGCUAAAACAGUUAUCCACUCAGCCCCAAUGGCAUCAUCGCCUACUCUGAUCAACUGAGAGCGUCCUCACUCCACGUGCAAACGUUGAAGUAACAGCUUCCAGGUGGCAGAGAUUGUGAAGAAGGGCAAUAAAUCAAUAGAUUCUCCACAGAGAGAAUGAGAUGACAACUUGAUCCAGCUCUGGACCAAUUUGAUGUGUUCAGGAAUCUGACCCACUCAGAGGCUCAAGCACUGUCCAUUCCACUGAAAGACUGAAAAAAGACACCCCGAGUACAUUUGAUGGGUUACUGUCCUUGUAGAAGAAUUAAUUCCAAUUCUAAUAAAUCAACUGAUAUGAAAUGAGGACUUCAAGUAGGAACUUUGCAAAGGUGAUGAAAAAUGGCAGGAAGCAGCUUCCGGAAAAUGCAAUCAAUCUCUUUUGAAAUCUGGGUUGAAAAUAUCUUGACUGUGGUGGAAUCUGUAAUUUGCAUUGCCGGUAAACUUCUAAACAUUGUGGCUCCUCUCUUUCGCCUUGGGCCCCAAACAGCAGCUGCGCUACAACCUUUCGCUUGUUGCUGGAAAUUAUCCAAAAUCCUGCAUCUGAGAGGAUAGAUUUCUGACCCAUAGAACCAUUGGGUUUCAUAUAAAUAGAGUCAGAAGGACUCAAUUCUUUCACACAUUUUUGUCCUGUGUUAUAUCCAUCAACUGACUGCAUAAACUGAAAGAACACAAACCACCAAAAUGGGCUUUAAAUGGCACAUUUUAGUUUGUUUCAUCACUGCUAUUUUAGUGGAACAAACCCAUGAGGGACUUAUUAAGAAAGUUAUUAGACAGAAGAGAGACAUUUUGCAGCCAAAAGAAGAAAAUAUCACUUUACCACUUGGAACACAACCUAUAAACUUCAACCACGUCUACAACAUCAACGUUCCUCUUGGCUCCCUUUGUUCAGUGGACUUGGAAUCCCCUGAUGGCAUUGCAAGACCCAAAGCUGACUCCAGUGACCAACACAUAGAGCAGACAGUUGAUGGUGAAAAUCAAAUUGUCUUUACUCAUCGAAUCAACAUCCCACGUCAGGCCUGCGGCUGUGCGGCAGGGCCAGAUAUCCGUGACUUACUCAACAGGCUGGAGACAUUGGAAAAUCAUGUAUCCUUAUUACGUGAUCAGUGUGCUAAUGGAGGAUGCUGUGGAAAUGGUGCACAGCAAGGAAGAGGUCGUAUUGAUGUAAAACCUUUCUGUGGUGCACAUGGAAACUACAGUACAGAUAGCUGCGGCUGUUUAUGUAACCCAGGCUGGAAAGGAGAAAAUUGCACAGAACCUGACUGCCCAGAAAAUUGCAAUGAAAGAGGCACCUGCAUUAAUGGCAAAUGCUUAUGUGAAGAAGGUUUCACCGGUGAAGACUGUAGCAUCGAAGUAAUCUGCCCUAAUGACUGCAGUGAUCAAGGCAGGUGCAUAAAUGGAGUCUGUCAUUGCUUUAGUGGUUACACAGGAGAAGACUGUGGCCAGGAGUUGUGUCGAUUUGACUGUGGUGAUUAUGGAACCUGUAUUAAUGGAGUUUGUGUUUGUGAUGAAGGUUAUACAGGUGAAGAUUGUAAAGUGAAGCUCUGCCCCAACAAUUGCAGCAAUCAAGGUAUUUGUAUUAAAGGACAGUGUGUUUGUGAUGAAGGUUUAACUGGGGAAGACUGUAGUGAACUAGCCUGUCUCAACAACUGCUAUAAUCGUGGCCGCUGUGUGGAUGGAGAGUGCAUCUGUGAUGAAGGUUUUACUGAUCAGGACUGUUCAGAAAUUAUUUGCCCCAAUGAUUGUUAUGACCGUGGACGCUGUAUCGAAGGGGUCUGUUACUGCGAUGAAGGCUUCACUGGUGAAGAUUGCGGGGAGCUUGUCUGUGUAAAUAACUGCAGCAACAAUGGUCUCUGCGUCAAUGGACAAUGUGUCUGCAAUGAAGGCUACACAGGAGAAGACUGUGGUGAAUGGGCUUGCCUGAACAACUGCCACAAUCGUGGAGUCUGUAUCGAUGGGGAGUGCAUCUGCAAUGAAGGUUUCACUGGUGAAGAUUGUGGUGAAGUGGCCUGUCCAAAUAAUUGUAACGAUCGUGGACACUGUGAUGAUGGACACUGUAUAUGUGAUGAAGGCUUCACAGGAGAAGACUGCAGUGAGCUCCUCUGUCCAAACAAUUGCAACAAUAAUGGUCGUUGUGUCAAUGGAGAGUGCAUCUGUAACGAUGGCUACACUGGAGAUGACUGUGGCAAAUUAGCUUGUCCAAACAACUGCAACAACCGAGGACGCUGUGUCAGCGGCCAAUGCAUCUGUGAGGAGAGCUAUUCUGGAGAAGACUGCAGUGAGCUGAUUUGCCCCAAUGACUGCUAUGACCGUGGGCAGUGUGUCAACGGCCAAUGCAUCUGCGACGAAGGUUUCACUGGUGAAGACUGUGGUCAACUGGCCUGUCCGAACAACUGUAACUAUCAUGGCCGCUGUGUCAAUGGUCAGUGUGUCUGUGAUGCUGGUUUUACUGGUGAAGAAUGUGGUGAGGUGGCGUGUCUUAACAACUGUAAUAACCGUGGUCGCUGUGUCAAUGGUCAAUGUGUCUGCGAUCCAAAUUACACUGGUCUAGAUUGUGGAGAUCUGGCCUGCCCUGCAAAUUGCAACAAUCGUGGGAGUUGUGUGAAUGGUCAAUGUGUCUGUGAUGAAGGCUACAUUGAAGAAGAUUGCUCUGCUGUUUCUCCCCCCAGAAAUCUAAAGGUUACUGAAGUGGAUCCUAAAACUGUGGACUUAGAGUGGUAUAAUGAAGUGCGAGUAAAUGAAUAUCUUAUCACCUACGCUCCAACUACCCCUGGUGGUCUACAAUUGGAGAUAAGAGUACCUGGAGACCAAAUGUCAUCCACCAUCCAAGGGCUAGAGCCAGGACUUGAAUAUUUAAUCAACGUUUAUGCUAUCCUUAACAACCAGAAAAGCAUUCCUGUCAGUGCCAGGAUAGCAACACAUCUACCCACACCAGAUGGUCUAAGAUUCACGUCCAUCCGUGAGACCUCUGUAAAUGUGGAGUGGGAACCUUUGGACAUUGAGUUUGAUGGUUGGGAUGUCAUUUUCAAAGCUCCAAAAGAAGAAAAUGGAGAAAUUUCCUCCAGCCUGAAACAGCCUCAGGUAUCAUUUGUACAGACUGGUCUGGCUCCAGGAGAGGAGUAUGAGGUCAGUCUUCAUGCUGUGAAAAAUAAUACCCGUGGCCCAGCAGCUAAGCAAAGACUAACAACAAUGAUUGAUGCACCAAGCCAUGUAGAAGUGAACAAAGUCACAGACUCCACUGCUCAUAUUACCUGGUUCAAGCCAGCUGCCCAAAUUGAAGGAAUUAGCCUGUCCUAUGGGAUUCCAAACAGUGAGAUGACAACUAUUGAACUUCCUGACACAGAGACAGCCUAUUCCAUAGCUGAGCUUCACCCAGAUACCGAAUAUGAAGUUUCUCUGGUUUCUAAUCGAGGGAACAUGAGAAGUGUUCCGGCUGUCAAUACAUUCACCACAGACCUUGAUGCUCCCAAAAACCUCAGAAAUGAGUCUCAAACAGAUGACAGCAUCACCUUGGUGUGGGAGAAUACGAGAGCCACUGUCGAUAAUUACAAGGUUAAAUAUUCACCACUGGCAGGAGGGGAGCACAAGGAAAUCACAGUCGAAAGGAGCAAUCAACCAACCACAAAAAUUAAGAUUCCUGAUCUACAGCCAGGUACUGAGUAUGGUUUUGGAGUUAGUGCCAUUAAAGACUAUCGGGAAAGUGCCCCUGCUACCAUUAAUGUAGCUACAGACUUGGAUAGUCCAAAAGACUUGAAAGUGAUGGAGACAACAGAGAACACAAUUACUCUGAGAUGGAAACGGCCACUGGCAGCAAUAGACCAUUACUACAUCAUCUAUAUCUCAUCCACUGGUGAGAAGAAUGAGGAGAUUGUGGCAGCCGAUGCAGUCUCCUACAUUCUGACUGGGCUUGUCCCUGCAACUGAGUACACCAUUAUUGUUAUAGCACAACGAGGUAAACAGAAGAGCAGUGCUUCCACCACCAGUGCUUCUACAGAAUCCUUUGACAAUACCACCACACAUUCUCCAAUCUCAGGAGCUGCCAAGCCAGAGAAUCUUCUGGUAAAAAACGUAACUUCCAACAGCCUCGAGAUAUCAUGGACAGCACCAAGUGGACUCUUUGAUAGUUUUCUUUUAAUAAUAAAGGAUAUUAAUGGAUCGAGUGUCCCUUUGAAGAUUUCCCUACCAGGUGAUCAGCAUACCACUGAUGUAACAGGGCUGGUAGCUGGCACUGAGUACGAGAUUGAUCUUUAUGGAGUAUUCCAAGGCCACCUCUCGCAACCAUUGAAAGAUAUUGCAAGAACAGAAUCUGAACUUGAAAACUUAAUGGUCUCGGAAGUUACCUCCGGCAGCUUCAAACUCUCUUGGACAGCUGAUGAGUCCUUUCAAAACUUUGUUAUAGAUGUUAAAGACUCUGAUGGGUUAUUCGAACCAUUAACAUAUACAGUACCAGGUGAUCAGUAUUCCAUAGACAUCCCGCAUCUUCAUGCUGCUACUGACUAUGAGAUUUCCAUCUAUGGUAUAAGUCAUGGUCAGCAAACAAAGCCACUAUACACUGAAGCUCAAACAGAAGCUGAGCCUGAAGUGGACAACUUAUCAGUUUCUGAUGUUACCUCAAAUAGCUUCACACUCUCUUGGACAACAGAUGAGAAUGUCUUUGAUUACUUUAGCAUUAGCAUUGGGGAUUCGAGAAAGGAAACUGCACCCCGGGACUACAUCGUGUCAGGGGAACUCCGAACAACUAACAUCACGGACUUACCUGAUGGUACUGAGUUUGAGAUUUCCUUGGUUGGCAUUUCAGAGGGACGAUAUUCGCAGCCAUUAAACACCAUAGCAACCACAGCAUUAGGAGCUCCUAAAUUUCUGCAGUUUACAGAUGUCACCGACACUACAGUGACACUCUGGUGGGACAUUGAGAGUAGCUACAUCACCAGCUUCAAGAUUAUUUAUGUGCCAACUGAUGGAGGUCCAAGUAACACUGUGACAGUCGAUGGCGGAAAGACACAAACUAUACUGAGGAGGCUGACCCCAGCCACUGAAUAUGAAGUCAAAAUCAUUGCUGUUAGAGGGCUUGAUGAGAGUGAAGCGGUUUCCGGCACAGUGCGUACAGCCCUGGACAGUCCCUCAGAAUUGAGAGUUGUGAAAGUCAUGGAUUCUGAAGCCCUGCUGACAUGGAAACCCACAAUUGCUGCAGUAGAUGAAUAUGUGCUCAACGCUCAUACUGAGGGUGCUUCAGCUCUUCAACAGACAAAAAGGGUUUCAGGGAACCAGGUGCAGACUACCCUCUCCUCGCUUUUCCCUGGUACCUUGUACACUGUGUGGAUCAGGGCUGUGAAAGGCAUUAUGGAAAGCUCUGCUGCAUCUACUACUUUUACAACCGCCAUUGAUCCACCCAGAGACCUGAGAGUUGGAGAAAUUACAGCAACCAAUGCCCUUGUUUCUUGGAAACCUCCACAAGCUAAGAUUGAAGGGUACAUUAUGACCGUGGAAUCUGAAGAUGGGAGACCACAGAGAGUUGAGUAUUUCAGAGCUACAGAUACCUCAUACAGCAUGAGCGAACUGGUUCCAUCAAUGAGAUACAUUCUGAGACUCCAGGCCUACACAGGGUCAGAAAGAAGCAAUGUGAUAGAGACCAGUUUCAUAACAGUUGGCUCCUUGUAUCCAUUCCCCAAGGAUUGCUCCCAAACGUUGCUGAAUGGUGAAGCCAUUUCUGGACUUUACACCAUCUUCUUGCGUGGAAAUCGUUCUCAGCCAUUGGAGGUGUACUGCGACAUGACCACUGAUGGAGGCGGUUGGAUGGUUUUUCAGAGACGCCAGAGUGGCAGAGUAGAUUUCUUCAGAAACUGGAAGAAUUACACAAAUGGAUUUGGCAACCCUGCUGAUGAGUUCUGGUUAGGGCUUGAAAAUCUUCACAAGAUUACAUCACAGGGUCAUUACCAACUGCGUGUGGAUUUCCGAGAUGAAGGGGACUCUGCUUAUGCAGUUUAUGACAGGUUCCUUAUCUCUGAUGCCAAAAGUCGAUACAAGCUACAUGUUGGAGGGUACAAUGGAACAGCAGGUGAUUCCCUGUCUUACCACCAAGGUCGGCCAUUCUCCACAAGGGACAGAGACAAUGAUGUGGCUGUGACAAACUGUGCUCUGUCUUACAAGGGAGCCUGGUGGUACAAGAACUGCCACAAAGUAAAUCUGAAUGGGCGAUAUGGAGCUAAAAGCCAUAGCCAGGGUGUUAACUGGUUUCAUUGGAAGGGUCAUGAGCAUUCAAUUGCAUUUGUUGAGAUGAAAUUGAGACCACACAACUUCAGAAACCCACAACAGAGAAAGAAGAGAGCACAGUAACAUCAUUUAAAAACCAAAUCAGCCAUCAACAGUAAAGGUUCAUAAUGUACAAAAAUAUCACUAAUUUAGUUCACAAUUGAGUUACUGUGUAAUAUGAGCCGUGCUAGCAAAGUGUUCUCAUCUUACAUGGGUUUAGCUCCACUCAGUUUAAACACCAAAGAUAAUUUUGACAAUAAUUAACAUAGGUUGUUAUUGCUUUUAGGGUCAUAGCUUUACGUAUGUUGCUUGGAGGCUGGGGGUGGGCUUUAUAUGUACAUCAUUAUACCUACACAGACAUCGGAGUGUAUUAUUUGUGUUUUUGUUCAUCGUGUUGGAGAUAUAUUGCCAUGGCAACACACUGACCAGUUGAUAUUAGAAGGUUAAUGUACAGAAGCUUCGUGUUUAACCAUCAAAUGUAUAAGCAGACUGUUUAAAUGUGGGUGCAGAUUUUUUUUUGUUAAGGUAGAGCACCAGAUUUGUGGUACUUUACUGAAAAGAAGGUAUUGUUUGAAAAAGCACAAAUUGGUUCUUGCCAUUGGUUCGCAAUUUCAGGUACCUUACUUUAAACAAAAAUCAACCAAAUGUUGAUUUUAUUAAAGGAUAGAACAACAGUAAUGUAUAUACCCAAAAUUAGGAGCCCUUUUUAAAGCCACAUUCACAAAGAUUCAUUUGCUCCCUAGAAUAGGACAAGAUUUUUUCAAUAAAUUAACAGUGACACACAUGUUUAAAAAGAGUACAUUAUUAAAUGUAAUUUUGAGUUAUUUUUCCUCGUGGGAAGUUAUGUCUGGAUUGUUUAGAAUAAUCACAACGCAUCUUCCGUUUAUAAAUGGCAUGAUUACUGUGCUGAAAUAAAAGGAAAAAUAAUGAAAUACUUUUAAGGAAUUCUAUUUUCAACGCAAUUGUAAAAUGUAAUAUUUUUGUCUUUCAAAUGUCCACAACCAAAAAUUUUUUUCCUGGUUUAUAUAAUGUCCUAACUCUGGAAACAUAUGAUCACUAGGACCUAAGUUAUACUGUACCACUAAAACCAUAAUAUACAUUUGUAAAAUAAUGAGUGUUUCUCACCUGAAUAAUUUCAGUGUGUGUUUCUGUGUACUCUUAAUUAAAAUAAAGUAAUGGUGUUUUAACAAAUUUA